CUGGCGAUCGAGGAAGAUAAGAGGCGUCGUAAUACGGCUGCUAGUGCCCGUUUCCGCUUUAAGAAGAAGCAGCGCGAAGCUGCCUUGGAAACCACCGCGAAGGAGCUGCGCGACCGCGUCCAGGAGCUCGAGGACGAGAAUGCUAAACUGAAGACCGAGCUCGGAUGGCUGCGUGGCCUCAUCACCAACCAGGGCGGCGCAACCGCUACGAUGGAGACCGGAGUGGAAGGUGUAGCUGUUGCCUCGGUGGCGGCGCCGCACCAGCCGCAGCCGCAGUCUAGCAGAUCGUCAUCGUUGCAGCAGCAGCAAGGCAGAGCACCCGUCCACCAGCCGAAUGGUGGCUCAAAUCAGUCUAGCCGAAUCUCCCUGGAGCGCCAUAGCGGCUUGCACCCGCGCGGCGUCGGCACUGGCACGGCUCCGGCGGCUGUCAACAGCACACCGAAUCACGCGAGCAACUCCAACACCAGAGAUGUCGUUCUUGCUGUUCCUCCCUCCACCCUCACAUCAGCGCAGAUCCCGGCGCAGCCGCAGGGCAACCGCCACGUCAACGGCCAUGUGAAUAAUGACGCUGCGCCGCAGCAGCAGCCGCCGACCGGAAGCCUCGGUUCCGCGCCGUCUGCGCCAUCUACGUCCUUCGCUCCGGUGGCAGGAAAGAGCGAGGCGCUCGUGCCCAUUGGCUCGAAACGUGAUCGCGAAGAUUGA